CACCAGCGCGCUUUACGGCCGCAGGGACGGGGCGAGCCGGCGCCAGGGCCGCUCCGGCCGGGAAGCAGGACGGGCGAGCGAGGUUGAUGCCCGGCGGUGGGGCGAGCGCGGCGUCUGGCCGGCUUCUCACCGCCGCGGAGCAGAGGGGAACCCGGGAAGCGGUGGGGUCGGCGUCCAGGAGUGGCCCAGGGGUCUCCAGUUCCAGCAGCGGCGGCGGCAGAGGCGGAGCGGGCGGCCCCGGGCCGGGGAGUGGAGGCCCGGGGGGCCCCGCGGGCAGGAUGAGCCUGACCCCGAAGGAGCUCUCGAGCCUGCUGAGCAUCAUCUCGGAGGAGGCGGGCGGCGGCAGCACCUUCGAGGGCCUGUCCACCGCCUUCCACCACUACUUCAGCAAGGCUGACCACUUCCGCCUGGGCUCCGUGCUCGUCAUGCUGCUGCAGCAGCCAGACCUGCUGCCCAGCGCGGCGCAGCGCCUCACGGCGCUCUACCUGCUCUGGGAGAUGUACCGCACCGAGCCGCUUGCCGCCAACCCCUUCGCCGCCAGCUUCGCGCACCUGCUCAACCCCGCGCCGCCCGCCCGCGGCGGCCAGGAGCCCGACCGGCCGCCGCUCUCAGGGUUUUUACCUCCUAUAACUCCACCGGAAAGGUUUUUCCUGUCCCAGCUGAUGCUGGCACCCCCAAGGGAACUCUUCAAAAAGACGCCUCGACAGAUCGCGCUAAUGGAUGCGGGGAACACGGGCCAGUCCGUGGACAUCAGUGGGCUUCAGCUGGCCCUGGCAGAACGCCAGUCAGAAUUGCCCACGCAGAGUAAGGCCAGCUUCCCCAGCAUUCUCAGCGACCCAGACCCGGACUCUUCCAAUUCUGGAUUUGACAGCUCGGUUGCCUCUCAGAUCACGGAAGCUUUGGUCAGUGGACCCAAGCCACCCAUUGAAAGCCACUUUCGGCCGGAGUUCAUCCGCCCACCGCCUCCACUGCACGUCUGCGAGGACGAGCUGGCGUGGCUCAAUCCCACCGAGCCUGACCACGCCGUCCAGUGGGACAAGUCCAUGUGCGUGAAGAACAGCACUGGUGUAGAGAUCAAGCGGAUAAUGGCCAAAGCCUUCAAAAGCCCCCUGUCUUCUCCUCAGCAAACACAGCUCCUUGGAGAGUUGGAAAAAGACCCCAAACUUGUUUAUCAUAUUGGCCUCACGCCGGCCAAACUCCCUGACCUGGUGGAGAACAACCCUCUAGUGGCUAUAGAAAUGUUGCUGAAGCUAAUGCAGUCAAGCCAGAUCACGGAGUACUUUUCAGUUCUGGUCAACAUGGACAUGUCAUUACAUUCAAUGGAAGUUGUAAAUCGACUGACUACAGCUGUUGAUCUACCUCCUGAAUUUAUCCACCUUUAUAUAUCAAAUUGCAUUUCUACCUGUGAACAAAUUAAGGAUAAAUACAUGCAGAAUCGUCUGGUGCGGCUCGUGUGCGUCUUUCUCCAGUCCCUGAUCCGUAACAAAAUCAUCAACGUGCAGGACUUGUUUAUAGAAGUGCAGGCCUUCUGCAUUGAGUUCAGCAGGAUACGCGAGGCCGCCGGCCUCUUCCGGCUGUUGAAGACCCUGGAUACCGGGGAGGCGCCUUCUGAGACCAAGAUGUCAAAGUGACACCUCACUGCAGCCGCCCCAUUCAUUGCUCAGCUGUACUGAUUUAAGUUUCAAACCUGUUAAAGCCCUGAAUGGAUUGCUUGGUUACUGCACAUAAACACCACUUUAUCUACUUAAAGCAAAGUUUUGCUUUCCUGGAUGACUUUUCCUUUAGAUGUAUUUUUGGUAAGAACUUGGGAAAAAUGUGUCUUGGCGUCUUGCUGAUGAUGAUAAACCACGGGAGGAACGUCAUCCAGAAGUUACUGCAAAAAGCAGACGAGGUCUUUAGCAGCAGAGACCAGGGUGCCUGUUUUUGCUUAAAACAUGAGUCAGGGGCUUCUGGCCCUUGAGCCCAUUCAGGCGCGUGGCUCUUCACUUUGUGAACCACAGACACACCCGUAAUUUGUCCUUUCUUGUUGCAGGGACUUAAACAACCGCAUCCGUCAUUUCUUGGGCUUUCUGUAAACACUGGAACUCUUCAGAAUCGUUUUUUGAGACUAGGCUAGCUGGUAUCGUUUUCUGGGCUUUAUCUCUUGAGAUGUUCGUUCGUUCUUCUGUUACUAGUCUAGGUUGUCAGUGCCGUGGAGGAAGUGUCGUCCCUGGGGACUGUCACGUAGGCUGGUCACCGAGUGGGGUCUGUGGCCCUGCCCGCAUCGUGUAUGCUGUCACCCCCUCAUUUCACUUUGGACAACAGUGCCUUACAUUAAAGUUUUUUAUGACCUCUA